UUCCGGGUUGUGAGUCCUCAAUUCCCCGCCUUUUGAAUACCUCUGCUUUGGAUAUAGGCCGUAGCGGAGAACAUAAUAUCGGAUUUUUACAGCGGUUUCGCUAUCAGAGAGUCCCUUCAUCUUUAUUAACGAACAUGUAACUUCAACAAUUGCAUUCACCACAUCUCUGAUCGCACCAUGCUGCUUCCAUCGGACGUAGCGAGGGUUGUUUUGGGCUACCUGCAAUGGGAAGGCUUGUCAUCUACAAGUCAAAUAUUCAUAAACGAAAGCCCUCAUUUGAAGGAGUAUGCUGAGCACAGCACAGAGGAUGGAGCUAUUCCUGCUUGUGUAUUUUCUCUGUGUGGGAAGAACUUAACAACCAUCUUGAAUGAGUAUGCGGCUGCUAAAGCAAAAGAGACCAGUCACGAAGUGCCUGUCAUGAUGACCUCUCUGUGGAAAAAGUUGGAUUUUACACUAAACCAAAUCAAGUCAUUGCAAAACUCUCCUGCUAUUUCAGCACUUCAAAGAGUGCGCUCGCGGGCCGGUUUGGCAAACAUGGCGAGACAGCGGUCUGUGACCAUGACCCCGGCCAGCACCGUGCUUUGCUCCACAGCCCCAUUCAGAGGCUCUAUCAACACUAGCAUGACCAACACCCAGAUCAACAGUAUCACCAACACCCAGAGCCUGCCUAGCCCCUCCACUUCUGUGGUCUCCCUGAGCAGCACCCACCUACAGAUCCAAGAUGGUGGAAUACUCAGUGUGUCCAGAGAUUCACCGAUGCAAAUCCCAAUCCCAGUCCCAGAACCUAGACUAGCCCCAAGCACAGUCUCUCGAGGGGGCAGAAAAUGGGACUUCCCCAAGAGGAGAGGCGGGGGUAUAGGUGGUGGGUCGGGGCCCACUGGGAGACCCUCCACAUCGGUCGGUGGCUCGGCGGCCGAACAGCAGGCGGACGAGGUCGUGAACGAGAACUUCCCACAACUUGUGAUCCAAAACGCCCGGGAGAAAAUAUUAUCUGACACGUUUUUACAAGAGAAGCUGGCUGAAAACAUAAACAAAAUCCUUGCAAGUGACCCCACCCCCCAGACGUCAAAGGCAUCAUGUGGCACAGUGGAACCAGACCCAUCUAUAGAUGAAAUCCUUGGAUUACAGGGAGAAAUCCACAUGAGCGACGAUGCCAUCCACGACAUAUUGGAGCAGACUGAGUCAGACCCAGCGUUUCAGGCUCUCUUUGAUCUCUUUGAUUACAAUAAAGGUAAAGGUUUAGAUACUGAAGACAUGAGCACUAGCCUUGAGGACAACAAUGCAACUGGCACAGCACCUGAUACCAGGCCUCUGAUGACUGAAGUCAACCCAGGUAAUGCAACAGGAGGAGUUUUAAUUGUUUCCGAUGCAACCGCCAUAUCGGCAGACAAGACGGCACAGGAACCAAUGACCAGGAAAACCAGGAAGUCCAUUGUUCCCUGCUCUACAAAAAAAACAGUCCUUGUCCACAGAGGCAGUACCUCUCGACUUGUGAAAAACACUCCUAGGCUGCUGCAACCAAUAGUCUCCUCAACUGUGGCGGUAAAUUCAAAGAGGACAGAAAAGAAAGCUGCGCUCACUGUCUCUGAGGUGGCCGUACCAAUGGACAUCGAUGAAGCUUUUACGGUCCCUGCCGCUCCUUCAGAUCUCUCAUCUUCUCAGGCUGCGGCGGAGUUAGCCAGAAAGGUCAGCUGCACUCUGAUCCCCUCCCUGCCUAAUGCACAAACCGUAACAAACUCAACAAGCAGCAGUAUUGGAUCUGUUGCAUUGGAAACCACGUCUUCCUCCAACGUGACUCUCAUCCAGAAGGAUAAAGCACCAAGUUCUUCAAAAAAGACUAAUUCCAAGGAUGUGUAUAAAGCACAGGCACCUUCCAGUUCCUCUACAGUUCCUUGUCCUCUGCUCAGUAUGGCGCCACCAUUAGCACAGCAUUCAAACAAAAAUCUUUCGCCAAGUAUUACCCUACCUCCUCCCAUAGCCUCUGCCAUAGCCCCCAUAGCUUCUGUCAUAGGCUCCGUCUCACCCACCCUGACCUCAGCAACACCUAUUUCCACCUCUGUAGUCCCAGCUCUUCCUAGCCCACACAUCAAUAACCAAACCGACCCACACAAGCGGGAGGCCGAUCCCAAUAACAUAGUUUCCCUCAAAAUAAUCAUCAGCGAUGACCAGAUGGAGACUCCCCCUCCGACUAGCAAUAUCUUAAAUCAGGCCAUUUCCAGUAUUUCUGGGGACAAAAUACCCACCAUUUUCCUCUCCUCCCCGGCUAAUUCCCCUUCCAAGUUCCCGGUCGGCCCACCAGGCACACCGCGGACCAACCAGGAGGAGAUCAUGCAGGCCGUCAGCAGCCUCCAGAGCUCCGAGGUCUUCCAGCCCGCGCUCACCGAGGCCCCCCCGCCGCUCAGUGGGCUGGCCCAGCUAGCACCCUCACCCUCACAGGGUCAGCCCAGCUACAUCAUUCAGCUGCCUGUGGACGCUGCAAACCCGGCCUUGCCAGGGGCCAGCUACUUCAUUGUGACCGACCCCGGGGCCACACAGGAUCCCCAGACCAGACCACUGUUGCUCCCCGCCGGAGUCUCCCAGGGACAGCCGUUGCCUACCAACCAGUAUGCUGUGGCUACGCCGCCCCGCACGCAGGGCUACCCUAGUGGAUCUACAUUCUUCUUGCAGUCACCAGGUCGGCCCAUGAUGGUUCCCUUAUCUAUGAUAGGGCAAACUAACGUUGGAAAGUUACCGUUGGUCUCCAAUCAGUUUGUUGCCAUACCAAGUCCAGUGGCCAAGCAGCAUCCUGAACCUGCCAAACCCAAGGCCCCUACUCACAAAGCAGCACUUAAACCACCCACCAUCUCUAAAACGGGUGAACAGAAGGUGUCUAAGGGCCAGCCCACGGAAAAGGCUGAAUCGCCGAACGCACCGGACGGCACGAGCCCCAGUCAUAAGAGGAUCCUCCAAUUUGAUUCUGCUCGGGUACCAUCGGCACCUCCACCACCCCCACCCCCGCCACCACUGCCACCAACCUCAAACACUUCCCCCUCAUGCCCUGCCGAGCAGCCUGGUAAGGUUAGCCCGAAACUGGUUCAGAGACUAAAGCCAGCUAUCCUUGGUGGAGACAGGGCCAAACGGAGGAUAGCGACAAUCAGGUGUACGACUGAAGCACAGGCCAAGUUUGCCAUAUCUGAGGAGACGGAGAAUAAGCUGGAUUCGCAGCCACAGCAGCAGCGGGAAAAUGUAAAAAAGACCCCUCGCAAGCAAGAUCAUAAGGGCCAAGUCACAACUACUGCUGCCGACCAGACUAUAUGGCUGAUGUCACAGAGCCAGGACCCGGUGAACGAGACGGAAUCAGAGCGGUUGAAAUCCAAAGAGAAGAGACGGAGCAGCAGUACUAAAGGAAAUCCAGCACUGCCCAACGACUCGCAUGAUGUUCAGGGCUCCACGUCGUCUGCUUCUAAUUCUUCCGCAAAAAACUAGCAGCAGAGGAUAGUAACGGGGGGUCCCCGAAAAGACCCCACAGAUAAGGGUCCAGGAAAGUCUCGUGAGGUGCAGCCGGAGAAGAAGAACGCUCCAGAGCCUUCAAAUGUGAGGGCAAACAAGGAGAAUGAGAAGGCACAGGGGGACGGCGCCGAGCACCACCCGGAAGUGGAGCGAAGAGCGGCGCUGCUCAUCCUUCCGGCUGCCGCCCUCCCGCCCAAGCCGAGCAAGACCAGCACUCUGAGCAAGCAGGCUGCCGAGAUGCUGCAGGAUAUCCAGGGACUCAACCCGCCCACAACGCCAGCCAAGAGGACCACUUCGGGCACUGCAGACACUCCCCUCAGCCCCAGAGCAGGUCGCUCGCGGGAAGAAGAACACGAUGGUAUCAGGACCCCAGUCAGGCAGAGGCUGCUCAGAGAUGGAGAGGGGACACCCAGGCGCCUGAUCGCGCCCGGCACGCCAGAUCUCCCCACCUGCAGUCCGGCCAGCGAGGCCGGAAGCGAGAGCAGCAUCAACAUGGCGGCUCACACACUCAUGAUCCUGUCGCGCACCGCCAUCGCCCGGACAGGCAGCCCGCUGAAGGACAGCCUGCGCCAGGAUGAGGUGGGGGAGAUGUCUCCCCCUUCGGCCAAGCAAGCCAAGAAACGCAAGCGGACAGCCACGCCAUCGAGUGUGGCAGGAAAGAAUGAGCCCAAGGGUUCAUCAAGCAGCAAAAAGAAGGAAAAGAAGCAGAAGAAAGCUGUGGAUACAUUCCCGGAUGAUUUGGAUGUGGAUAAGUUCCUGUCUUUACUUCACUACGACGAGUGAGCCCUUUCACCUGUCGCCAGCCCAGACAUCCGGAAAUAAACUCUUACUAAGAUUACAAGCCAGGAAUAGAUGAGCCAUCUGCUUUACCAGAGCCUACAGUUUCUUUAGCCUUGCCAGAGUCGUUGUAAGCCUAAUGGAUAUUUUGUCAGUUCGGGAUUUUUCCUCUGGCUGACUUGGGUUGUGUGAACAGGCAGUAACUGUGCUGCAAGUGUGUUUAUUUGUAUUGUUUGUUUCCAUGGCCUUGGGCCCUCUUUUACAAUGACUUUUUUUAUAAUGUUCAGAAUUAUUUGAUUCAGAACACAUAGUUUUGGUCAAUAUUUGACCUCAUUUAUAGUACUUAUUUGUGUGUUUGUGUGUUUUGUUCGUUCCUUCACAGCAAACUGAAUUGUAAGAAAAUGGAACUUAACAUGUCAUCAUGCUCUAAUUUCUGAAAGGAGUAAAGACUAGUUAUUUGGACAAAUUAAAAAUACAUAAAUGGGUAUAUUUGUACAAUUUGUCUAAUUGUGGAGGAAAAUUAAGGUUUGAAUCAUAUGCUACAAAAUAAUUGUCCUGUUCAUACUGCUUCCUCAAGCUUUGUUCUAAUAUUAUUUAGAGUUUACUUUAAUAAAACCUUAAAACUGUCUUGUCAGGGCAUAAGUUUACGUUGACGUGAGAAAUGUAAACUGUCAAAAUUACCUGUUAUUAACUACAAACUGGACAAUUAUUUAAAUGCAUUUCCUUGUAGAAUGUUACUUUUAACAGACUUGUAAUGUAUUUAUAAAUGAACAAUUUAAUCUUGCGUUGAUAAUACUCAAAAAGCAUUGAAUAAAAACUGGCGGUUUAGCAAA